AUGAGGGAAGACCCCUGGAGACACUGUCCAGACAAUCCAAGCUGCCCUUGCCCAUACAGUUUGGUGCCGACCACCCAGGCCCCUCUCGACCAGCCAUUGACUUCUGGAGACAAAAUUUGGGAGUCAGGAACAGGGACUCAGAAAGGGUCCGCCCGAAUGCCUGCGGCCCUGAGCAUCGGAGAUAUGAGAGGCCUUAGUAUCCAAGCCCACCCUUGCACCGUGAAAAGACGUCUCGGGUUAGAAUCAGAGGACCUCCGAGUCAAGAAGAUGCCAGGAUCACAACUGAACUUAGAUAAGAAGAAACAAAAAAGGUUUUCUUCUGAAAGGAGUGUAAAGCAGAAAGCCCCAGCAGCGAUGGCAGGAAAAGAAUCUAAGGGAGAAAGGAACUUGGCAGCAAGGGAUGGAAUCAGUGACAAGAAGUUAGACCCAAAUAAGGUGGACGCCCAGUCUGGGGAAGACCUCAGGAAUCAAUGGAAAAAAUAUAGCAUUCAUGGAUUGUCCUCAUUUCUGAAGAUGUACCCAGAUGCCUUGCUGCGCAGGGACCUGGCUGCCUUAAGUCUGAACCAGGCAAAACGCUACUUGCUUUUUGUGGAACCUAGGAAGAGUGUCCUUGACAAGGAAUCCUCGGAGAGCUACAUCAGCUGUCCAGACUCCAGCCAGCUGGAGCUGCCUCCUGAGACAGAGGAGCAACAGCAGAACCACCUCAUGGGAGUACUGAAGGCAUCCGAGGCCAGAAGUCGAGUCCGAGCAUUACGACUUAGAUACACACGGAUGAGGGCUGAAGAGAUAAAGCACCUGAUCAGCAGGCAGAAAAAUGCCCGAGCAGCAAUCCGACUUGAAAUAUUCUUGCCUCCUUAUCUGAACCCCACGAAGAUUCCUGACUGUCUGGACAGACGUGAGAGACAUAGAGUGGAGGCCAUCCUGAAAGAAGAUAAUGCCCAUCCAUUGUUCAGAUGA